AUGACUGCCUCCACGGCUUCGCUAGCUCUUCCUUCUCUUUCCCCCAAAACACUAGCCCUUUACACUCCCAAACCCACUUCAGUCCCGUUCUAUUCUGUCUCUUCCUCAUCUCUAACGCUCGGCUGUAAGCCCAUUUCAAUUUCGGCUUCAUUUCUCAACUCGAGAAGGUUUCAGAGCGCGUCGUCUCGGUUCGUGCGAAACGUCGCCGUUUCGUCCGAGUUCGAGCAGGAUGAGGAGGUUCUCAGUGACGAUGGGGAGGCCAGUUUCGCGCCUGACCUCAAGCUCUUCGUCGGAAACCUUCCCUUCAGCGUUGACAGUGCUCAGCUCGCUGGGCUCUUCGAGAGUGCUGGAAAUGUCGAGAUGGUUGAGGUGAUAUAUGACAAGACAACUGGAAGAAGCAGAGGAUUUGGGUUUGUGACUAUGUCUAGUGUCCAGGAAGCUGAAGGAGCUGCUCGACAGCUCAAUGGUUAUGAACUUGACGGAAGGGCAUUGAGGGUAAACUAUGGACCUCCUCCUCCUAGGUCUGAAGACUCUUUUAGAGGUGCCAGAGGUGGUGGAGGUUCUGACUCCUCCAACCGCCUUUAUGUGGGUAACCUUGCAUGGGGUGUUGACAAUCUAGCACUUGAGAACUUGUUUAGUGAGCAAGGAAAGGUUUUGGAAGCCAAGGUAGUUUAUGACAGGGACAGUGGCCGAUCAAGGGGUUUUGGUUUUGUAACUUAUGGUACUGCUGAUGAAAUGAACAGUGCCAUUGAAUCGUUGGAUGGAGUUGACUUGAAUGGAAGAUCUAUCCGAGUAACCGCGGCAGAACCUAGGCCAAGGCGUCAAUUUUGA